CAGCUGACCAUAUGCAGCUGACGAACUUUCAGCUUGUGCUUGGCUUGUGCUUGUUUUGUUGUCGUCUACCCCAUGCACAUAUUCAAGGAUAUCAAUUGAACGUAAAAUGAUUGGAAUUCCAAAAAGAUAUAUAUUGUGGUUCGCGCACGAGCACGUCGAUUUCAGGAUAGCGGAAAUCGAAUCUAUUUGUGAGAUGUACGAUAUUAAAGUUAAAACAAUUCUGAGGCCUGACGAGUACCCAUAUUGGAUAAUCGAGUCGGAUUCAGAAGAUGCUGUAAAAAAAAUUGCUAGCAGAGCGAUAUCGCUUCGUUCUUGCAUUGAAUUGUGGGGUCAUGGGAGCAGCCAAGAAGAUUUCCACAGGAGUUUGAAGGAAUACCCGCAAGAAAACAUGAGGCUGCAUCUUAAUAAUGAAAAAUCCUUCAAAGUUAUCGUCGAGACGUUUUGUAAGCAUUUUUCACAGGAUGAGAAAAUUAAGAAAAUAGAGUCCUUCAGUUAUCUCCCGAUAGAUGGUCCUGUAAACUUGCGAAAUCCAGAUACUGCAUUGAUGUACAUAGAAUAUUAUGGACUAGAUCCUAAUACAAUACCUGAGAAACCAUAUCAAUUUUUUUUUGGAAGAUUGGUGGCUGAUGGCCAGAGGCAAUUAAUACGUAAACUAUCCCUCAAAACGCGGAAUUUCAUAGGAAAUACCUCAAUGGAUCCUCAAUUAUCUCUGAUAAUGGCCAAUCAAGCUCAAGUAAAAAAUGGAGAUUUAGUUCUCGAUCCAUUUGUUGGUUCUGGGUCGCUACUUGUUGCAGCAUCCCAAUUUGGAGGGUACACUCUUGGUACAGACAUAGAUUAUUUAAUGCUUCAUGCACGCACAAGGCCCUCUCGGAUAUCACAAAAGACCAGAGGGAAAGAUGAAAGUAUAGCAUCGAACAUGAAGCAGUAUGGAACAAGUUCAUAUUACAUUGAUGUUCUAGUGACAGAUUUUUCUUUACCUGUCUGGCGUUCAGACAUGAGAGUCGAUGCAAUUAUCACAGAUCCUCCAUAUGGAAUAAGAGAAGCAACGGAGCGUGUUGGUACCAUAAAAAAACAACCUGUAAUCGACCAGCAUCAAGUAGCUAGUCAUAUUCCUUCCAAGAUUGACUAUGGGCUGCCUCAGAUGUUCGUUGAUCUGCUUUCAUUUUCUGCGAAUCAUUUGUGUAUUAACGGCAGAUUGGUAUGCUGGUUUCCUUUGUUCAGGGAACACUAUGCAGACGAGCAGCUUCCCUCACAUCCAUGCUUGCAAUUAAUUGCGAAUUCGGAACAAAUUCUGAGUACAUAUACAAGUCGCAGAUUGCUCACUUAUAAGAAAAUUCGAGAUCCUCAGGAUGAUGAUCCAAUCGACGAUUCGAAUGUAUUAGACUUCCGUGUAAGAUAUUUCGGACAUGGUGAUGAAACAAGAAAAGAAAGAAGAAUGAAGAGAGCAGAACAGCGGGCAAAAAAUAAAGAGAACUGGGAAAAAAACAUUAAGUCAAAAACUGCAAGAUGACUACAUCUGUUUUAGAAUUAAAAAUGUUAAAAGUUUAUUUAACAAACCUGCUUAUUACUUUUUCAAAAAAUACUUUAUAUAAAUACGAAUUUUUGUUUCCACUCUUUAUUUAUCAGUAACGAUAUCAUGCAAGUGGAAAUUGUAAACGUGGUCUGUCGUUUUUCAAAAUACCAUAGUAUUUUUAAACGUACUAUUCGACUUCAAUUCUCAAGGUUGCCUAAAUGUUAUUCAUUUGCCAUCGCAUGAAAAGGUCUUCUAUAGAUCCUGUUUUAAAACAUAUGUAAACAU